AACUCGAUUGGAAGAAGCGUUUCGGUAUAAUUGAAGGAAUAGCUCAAGGAUUGCUUUACUUGCACAGAUUCUCAAGAACGAGAGUAAUUCAUAGAGAUUUGAAAGCUAGUAAUAUACUACUCGACGAAAACAUGAACCCUAAAAUUGCAGAUUUUGGUUUGGCAAGGAUAUUUACCCACACUGAAUUGGAAGCAAAUACUAGUAGGAUUGUCGGGACACUUGGUUAUAUGCCUCCUGAGACCAUUGAAGGAAGAGUUUCUGUAAAAACCGAUGUCUACAGUUUCGGGGUGCUAAUACUUGAAAUCAUAAGCGGCCGGAAAAUCAACCGCUUAUGCAAUGAUGAUGGCUUACUCAAUUUGGCAUGGGAGUUAUGGAAAAAAAAUGCAGCGCUAGAACUAAAGGAUCCAACUCUAGGCGACUCGUGUAACGGGAAUCAACUGUUAAGAUGCAUCCAUGUCAGUCUACUGUGCGUGGAAGAAAACGCAGCCGAUCGACCCACCAUGUCGGAUGUAAUAUCGAUGUUGAUAAACGAAAGCAUGGAGUUGCCUAAACCAAAAAAGCCGGCAUAUUACACACAAGGAAAUGUGGACUUUAAUGGUAUACGUGAAGGGGGAGAGCAAGCUGGAUCGAUAAAUGUUUUGUCUAAUUCCGACAUUGGUGGGCGUUGAGAAAUCAAUCAACAA